AUGGUGAACUUGUUCAAGCGGAUGCGGAAGUUGAAGUCGAUCGUCAACAUCCGCAUCGGCACCGGCGCCGCCAUCCUCCCCACCCCAACCUCCGCAACCCCCGACUACCCAGCCAUAACCCGGCUCCACCUAACGUACGCGCGCAAAAUCUACAACGGCCACCAAGGCGCGCGCCACUUCUGGCGCAACUGCCUCCCGCGCCUGAAGUACCACAACCCGGGCGUCCCCAUGAGCGUCAAACAAACCGACGACCAAGAAGGCCCCGCAGCGCUCACAAUCUACUUCGCCGAGCGCGCCUCCAAACCGGCCUCUAUCACCGCCGCCGUAGCCGAACUCACCGACAAGCAUGCGCCUGCGCCCGCGGACGCGGAGAAAACCGCUAUCGUGGACAUGCGCAAUCUCGACUAUCGCGAGAUCUGGAAUAAGGUGAUGAACGUGACGGGGGCGCAGGAGGUACCUGCCACGGCGGAGGAGGAGGCGGAGGUGAAGAGGUUUGAGCAGAUGAGGGAGCAGUCUGGGCGGGAUCGCGUGCGUAUCGCUGCUAUUCGGCAGGCGAAGAAAGACCAGGAGAGGAUGUUGCAGAUUGCGAGGGGGGAGGUGGAGAAGUUGAAGCAGCUUUGA